UAGGAAGGUAAAGUCAUGUCCGGACGCGGUAAAGGCGGGAAGGGUUUGGGGAAAGGUGGCGCCAAGCGGCACAGGAAGGUGCUGCGGGAUAACAUCCAGGGCAUCACCAAGCCCGCCAUCCGCCGCCUGGCACGGAGAGGGGGAGUCAAGCGCAUCUCUGGCCUCAUCUAUGAGGAGACUCGGGGGGUCCUCAAGGUUUUCCUGGAGAAUGUCAUCCGGGACGCCGUCACCUACACCGAGCACGCCAAGAGGAAGACCGUUACCGCCAUGGAUGUGGUGUACGCUCUCAAGCGCCAGGGCCGCACUCUCUACGGCUUCGGGGGCUGAAUCUGACUGCUGAUUCGCUUAUAAACCCAAAGGCUCUUUUCAGAGCCCC